CGAUGCUGCACAAAAAGAAACACGGCCGGCCAGAGCCAGCGGGAAAAAGGCGCAAACCCAGCAGUUGGAAAGCGUGUCUGUGUUGGCGAUCGAGAGCUGGGCGUUUGAAGAGUGACCCAGAAGCAGCUUGUGAAGCAUUUUCUCCAGGCCGAGAUGACAGUCAACAGCGUGGAUCCGAUCUCGUGGUCUGCUCUCAGAGAAAUUGUGCACCACAACCGAUUGGCCCAGUUAAAGAGAGCCCCAGAAGUUACCGCCGAGUACCACAAAUACAAGCACCACAUUGCUGUGUUGAACACCUCUGUCUUCAAGCACUUGGUUUGUGUGCAGUUGAAAUGGGCUUCAGAGGCGUUCUAUUUGGACCCAGCCUACAAUGACACCAAUAUCAACUUGCCCUUGGUCUCCAACAAGUCCACCUCCCACAAACUAUUCAUGUUCAGUGAGGACACCUUGAUAUUGCCCAACCAUUUUCCCUACAACCUUGAGCAAAAUAUCAAGCACUUGGUAGUCUGGUCCAAAAUCUUGAUAAAAUCAAUCGAAGAAGAGAAUGAGGAAAACGACAAGCCUAUUGAAAAAAAUCAGACUCCCAUCAACGAUAACACUACGCAAUUCCAAAUUCCAGGUGAUAUCUCGCUCAGAAACAAGUCAAUUAUCCACAAAUACAUUGUGAAAACUUUCCACAAGAAGCACCAUAUCAAAGAGGAAAACAUUCUUUGGUUUCGCAAUUUCAACCAUUUACAAAGUAUUAAAACACUCUCGCAUAUCCAUGUUUUAGUCAAAGACGUUCCUUCCCAUACUCUAGAUGCCAUUCUAGAAACUGAGGGCGCUCUACUAACUGAACAAGAUUAUCUUGACAUCGACAAACAAUUGCACAAUCUUUAAAUCUUUAAAUCUUUAAAUAUUCAAUACACCACCCGCGGAAAUGAAAUUCAACAUCCAGUGUCUCAUAAUUCCGUAUCACGGCCAUCUCUCCCACAUCACCGCAAGAUUACCUCAUGUCUUUGUCACGUUUUUUUUCGAUCU